UUUAGUAGACUAUAUCAAACCGACGCUUUUUCUUGUCAAAAUAAUGAGCGUUUGUAGUUAAAUAAAUGAUGAAAAAACGUGGGUAAUCCUGAAAUAGCAAUUAUUCGCAAAUUAAUUUCAUAAGUUGUGCAAUAACAUUCUUAUUUUGUGUGCACUAAGAGUAAAUUGCAGAAAUGGCCGUCGAAAUCAGCGAUUUGGAAAAGAAAAUUAUUCGCCAAGUAGAGUAUUACUUUGGAAACCACAACUUGCCAAGAGACAAAUUCUUGCAGGAACAGAUAAAAACUGAAGAUGGAUGGGUCACGUUUGAAACGAUGACAAAGUUCAACAAGUUGAAGGAGCUUACAGCUGAUGUGAAGGUGAUCGCUGCAGCCAUGAAGAAAGCUACGUCAGGUUUAAUGGAGGUCAAUGAGGACGAGACAAAACUGCGACGCAGGUCGGACAAACCCAUACCUGAGAACACUGAGGACAACCGGCAAGAUGUGAACAACCGCACUGUGUACGCGAAAGCAUUCCCACUAGAUCUGACCCUGGAAAAAAUACAAAAUUUCUUCGACACCUUCGGACCUUUUGAACACAUUCAGAUGAGAAAAGAUGUCAAGAGAAAAUUCAAGGGUUCCGUGUUUGUCACAUUCAGCACUAAAGAGUCAGUGGAGAAGUUCCUGUCAGCGGAGUCGGUCAAGUACAAUGACGUAGAGCUAGUCAAGAGAUUGAGGAAGAGUGAUUAUUUCAAGGAGAAGGGGGAGGAGAAGAAAAAGCAGCAGGAGGACAGGCAGAAGAAAAAGAAUGAUGCAUCAAAUAGACAACACAAGGACGAAGAACGUAACUUUGAGAAUGACAUGACCAAGGGCGCGCUUCUCCACCUCAAGGGUUUUGCUGACAAGUCCACACGUGAGGAUAUAAAGAACCUGCUGCAGGACUUUGGACCCAUUGCAUGGGUUGACUUCAACAAAGGUGAUACUGAGGGCUGGGUGCGUUAUGACCAGGAGAACAAGGCCAAGGACGUACUGGAGAAGCUGCUGGCGGCCAAUGACAACACUAUCACCCUGAAUGGUGCAACACUGGAGGGACGUGUGCUGGAAGGUGAGGAAGAGGCGGAACGCUGGAAGAAAAUGUUCAAGGACAUCAAGGAGCGUGUCACGGGUAAACAGCGAAGAGCGAUGAAGGGCAAACCGAGGUUCGGCAAGAGGCCGUGUAAAAACAAGCGACAGGCAGCCAAGAGAGCUGCUUCUGGAUUGGAUGAUGAUGAUGGUGCUGGCGGUGAUGACAAUGACGCUGAUGAUGGAGACGUUGAUGUGUCUGAGGCCAAGAAGUCUAAACUUGAUACAGAAGCAAAUGGUGACUGAACUGUCAUCACGUUCCACAACUUCUUUUUAACUUUGAGUAGACACUAGUGUGGGGUUAAAGGGGCUGCCCUUGUCCCACUUGAAGAAUUCGUAAUUACAGAAGAGCUGAGAAGACAAAGGUUUUCAUGGAACAUCUUUUUUUAAAUGAUUGGAUAAAUUUCUUUUAGAAUUAUGUUGAAGUGUAUGACAGUAAUAAGAUCUAGAAAUGAAAUUACACAAAAGAUGUGACAAAUGAAUGGUAAGACCCUUUUUUUAAUUGUUUUAAAAGCAGUAUUUUCCUUGGGAGGAUCCUUGAAUAUAGUUAUUGAUUUUUGAUUGAACCAUAAAAUGUUGAUUUUGUUUUUGUGCAUAUAUUGACAUGUUGUACUACUUUCACAGCAUUGAACAUUUUAUGGUAUUAGUCUUGUAUUCUGUUCCAUGUUAAUGCAUAUAAAUAUGGUCAAGCAUUCACAUUGUACACAAGAGAAGUGCUUCACUUAGUGUUUACAUGUAUGUUAUUAUGCCUUUGUUUUAACAGAAAAGAAAAUCUGUUGAUGAUUUUAACAUUAUUUAGUUGUUCUUUUUUUUGCUGCUUUGCAGUGAUAGUUCUGAACUUCAAAGCGUAUCUAUCUCGUACAUGCUUUAAGUAUCGUUCAAUGUAAAUUUACUUGCGAAUGUGGUCAAUAAAUAAAUGGUAAGACGA